AUGCAAGCUAUUAAUUUUUAUUCAGUUAGUAUUUUUUUUUCUUGUGUUAAAUUAAGCCUAGGCGGGUUUGAAGGAUUGUCAACGGCAGGUUUGCAGUCCCAUAGUGUUUCAUUAAGCAGUGGCUCAUCAAGCAAUAAAACCAAUUCAGGUAGUCCUUUUCUAUUUAUGAAAAACAAUCGUUUAAAUUUUAACUAUCCGGUGAGCAAAAUAAAUCCCUAUCUAUCCCUGAAGAAUAUUAAUACAACACCGAUCUCGGCAAUAAAUGGAAACAAAUCGGACCAUUUUACAAGUGAAAAUAAUAUUGAUCAAUUAGCACAUACAUUAAAUGAUAAUCCUGGUGAACCUGGUUCCCAUUCAUUCAACCUGUAUGACGCCACAGUAAGUGUUAUCAAAGCUGUAUUUAAAACUUGGAAAAGUAAACAAAAAGAUAUGGCAAAUAGUUUCAGUAUUCCUGAAGAUAUUGCUUUAACAGUGACUGGUUCAAUGUCAAUACUACACUUCAUAAAAAUACAAAUAGAACAUUUAGUAAGAGUGUUCUAUUACAUGUUUGACAUUGAACACAUGAUGAAAAGAGAUGAAAAUAGGGAAACCAUUAUAGCUAAUACUCAAUCCUUGAUAAAUCGUAUAGAAAAUGAUAGAGCACAAAAUUCAACAGCUAAAUAUGGUAAUAGUGAUCUUGAAACGGUUGUUAACAAUCUAAAGGGCUUUCUAAUAAAUUAUAGAGUAGAUGGUUAUAAAUACAAUGAUAUUAUGAUUAAUAUAGCGUUAAUGAAAGGCUUGAUGCUGAUAAACGAAACAGAAGAUAACGAAAUGAGUUACGAAUUGAAUCAACUGAGACUAUCAGUAGCAGACAACUUCUUGAAAGAAGUUAAAAAAAACCAAUACGAAUUAAAUGGAUCGUUGGUAGCAAAGAAUCACGUAAAAAUAAUUCGUAAUACGAUGCCAUGUCUAUUCAUUUUAUUGAACAACCACAUCGAAUCAUAUAAAAUGUUGUCCACACAUACGCUUGACGAUACAGAAAAGGAAAAAAUUAAAAUUGCGAGCCAAUUGCAUAUAGCUGUUAUUAAUACCUUCAUAAACCGUCUUAAAAUUUUUGGGACAUUAACCCAAAAAGAAAUUUCAGAUUUAAAGGUAAUAUCAAAAUUGUUGGAGAAGUUGGACACUGGUAAAACGGAUCAGGAUAAUACUCAAGAUCCAAGCAUAACGGUUCUGGAUAAUACUCAAGAUCCAAGUGAAACGGUUCAAGAAAAUACUCAAGAUCCAAGUGAAACGGUUCAAGGAAAUACUCAAGAUCCAAGUGAAACGGAUCCGGGUAAAACUCAAAAACGUAGUAUUCCAAAAUUCAUUAUUGAAUUAAUGGCUUUAAAAGAACAGGCAAUCGCAAUAGUAUUGAAUCUAGCAGGAGGACACUAUGUACAAAAAUGGAAAACUAAUACAAUAUUUAAAUUCAAAGAUUUUCAAGAUAAUCAAAAUACAGAAUAUUAUAUGAAAUUGUUAACUUAUAACUCUGACACAGCUUAUUUGUUGGCUGGUGAAUUUGAAAAAAAUUUCUUAAAUGAAAUUGAGUAUAAAAAAUUUUAUAAAGGAGGCAGCGAGGUUUAUUUUAUUUAA